AUUGCCUUUGUUCUUCUGUCAAAGAUCUGUUGACAGUACGUGUGUGGGUCUACAUCUAUUCUGUUCCAUUAAGCUAUUUAGCCAUUACAUUCUGGCUUCAUUGUUGGAGCUGUGUGCUGGGUCUUAAAGCAGGGUAGUAUCAUGUUAGUCCACUGUUCUUGUUCAAUAUUGUGCUGACUCUUUUACGUUUGUUUGUUUGUUUGUUUUUGCCUUUCCACAUAAACUUCAGGAUCAGUUUACCAAUAUUUAAAAAUGGCUUGCCAGGAUUUCAAUUGUGAUUUUAUUGAAUCUAGGUCAAGUUGAGAAGAACCAAUGUCUUGACAGUGUUGAAUCUUCUUACCAAUGAAUGUGGAAUAAAUCCCCAUUUAUUUUGAGCUUUGUCCAUUUAUUUUUUCAGAUUUUAGAUUUUUCUCAUAUAAAUCUUGCAUGUAUUUUGUUGAAUGUACAUCUGUCUCAUCUUUGAUGCUAAUGUUAAUACUGUUUUAAUUUCACAUUUCAGUUCUUCAUUGUCCCAUACAAUUUUAUCUGGAUAAGAAAAUUUUUGCUUGAAAAUGCUUUUUUGAGCACACUGUAAUUCUUCUCUACAACAGAAAUAUACACAUAUCAGUAGACUGUGACAUUGUCACAUGAACAAUGUUCAGAAUGAUGGCUCUUUCCUGCUGCCACCGCCGAGCCGUGCGAAGGCCAGGCCUGAGUGCGUUCAUGAUUCGGCUUCACUCGUAACCCACCGCCAUGGCCGAGGAAGGCAUCGGUGCUGGAGGUGUAAUGGACGUGAACACUGCUUUACAAGAGGUGCUCGAGACCGCCCUCAUCCACGAUGGCCUCGCGCGUGGCAUCCGUGAAGUGUCUAAAGCCUUAGACAAGCACCAAGCCCACCUCUGUGAGCUGGCAUCCACUUGUGAUGAGCCCACGUAUGUCAAGUUGGUGGAGGUCUUGUGUGCCAAACACCAGAUCAACCUCAUUAAGGUUGAUGACAAGAAGAAACUUGGAGAAUGGGUAGACCUCUGUAAAACUGAUGGAGAGGGGAAACCCGGUAAAGUGGUUGGCUGCAGCUGCAUAGUCAUUAAGAUCUAUGGCAAAGAGUCUCAAGCCAAAGAUGUCAUUGAAGAAUACUUCAAAUGCAAGAAAUGAACAAAUAAAUAUUUGGCUCAUUAAAAAAAUAUAUAUAAUGGUUCUAUUGCAGUAGUUUUCAAACUGGGAUAUAGUAGGCCUGGGCUUCCCAAAGCACGCGUAUUUGGCAUGAACUCCUGCCC